AUGAAGAACAUUAUCGCUGCCAGCGCCAUCCUGGCUGCCUCCGUCUCUGGAGUUGCUGCCGAUCUCUGCAGCAAAGGUUCAGUCGACGACGGCGGCAACUGGUAUUGCCAGGCCGUUGAUGCCAUCACCUACACUGGAAUGUUGGGCAAGGGCUCCUACAACAAGAUCACCUCUAUGGACAGCAAUUCUGGUGCUUGCUCUUCCACUCCUUAUGGCUACUCUGGAUCAAUGUCUCCUCUCGAUGAGGAAGUCUCCCUCCAUUUCCGUGGUCCUCUGAAGAUCAAGCAGUUCGCUUUCUUCUCACCCAGCACCGACUCCUCCGACUCUUCCAAGAAGGCCAAGCGCAGUGCCAUGCACCGUCACAACCACGCUCACGAACACGUCCACAAGCACAAGCGUGACGAGAACGUUGAGAAGCGCGGUGUUGGCGACAUGGUAACCGCAAUCAUCGAUGGAGUCGCCGUGUCCUGGGUCAACGAGUGGUCUGGUGUUGCUUCCACUGCUGCUCCCGCCCCUGCAGCCACUACCUCGACCGCCGCUGCCCCUGCUGCUGCAAGCACCGAUUCUUCGUCCAAAUCGGCUCCUUCCUCUGCGUCUUCUGCUUCCUCUGGCAGCUCGGGAUCCUGGGGUCGCAAGGCAUACUACAACUCUGAGGCCGGCUCCGCAGACAACGUCGUUUUCCUCAACCACAACGGUGGUCAGGGCUCUGGUGUCUUCGAUUACACUUUCGGCAACUCGCUCUCUUACUCUAACAGCAAGGGUGAUGCUGGUGCAUCUUCUCCUCAGGUCCUCGCCGACACCCAGCUCGCCUCCAACGACGAGGUCAUCAUCAUGUCCGACAAGGAGUGCGAUGGCGACUGUGGCUACGUUCGUGAUGGUCAGGUUGCUUACCACGGUUUCGCUGGUGCUCAGAAGGCUUUCUUCUUCGAAUUCGAGAUGCCUCUUGAUGGCAACACUGACGCUGCCACCAACGGCGACAUGCCCGCCAUCUGGAUGCUCAACGCUCAGAUCCCCCGCACCCUCCAGUACGGCAAGGCCGAGUGCUCUUGCUGGACCACCGGAUGCGGUGAGUUCGAUCUCUUCGAGGUUCUUGCCCCUGGUGAUCUUCGUUGCAAGUCUACUCUCCACAGCAACAUCAAGGGUGGCAACUCGGACUACUUCAAGCGUCCCGUGUCAGGCAGCAUGAAGGCCAUGGUUCUCCUCAACGGCGAGAACAUGCACAUCAAGGUCCUCGACAACGACUACCAACUCCCCACCAGCCUCGAUGCUUCGUGGAUCUCCAGCCAAUGCGAAACUGGCUUGAUCCAAAACACCUUGAACUCCCUCUUCGCUCUUGUUGCAUAG